GGUGGUUGCGCCCGCGCCAGUCCGUGCUCGCACUCGGCCGCACGCGCGCGCUCGAGCGCCAUAUUGAAUUGUGACGUGUUGUCAUGACAACCACGUAAACAGAUCUUUGCCGCGUGUUUUUGAACUGCUUGAAGCUUAGUGCUGUGAUUUAAUAUUUGAAUGCGAUCGGAUAGAUCUUUUUACAUUUUGAAAAGAAUUUCAACAACAGAGAUUAUCGAAAACUGCGAUAAGAUGGAGAAGGACAAAAUAGUAUUCAAGGGCUCACACCCUGACAGCUUAUACCGAGUGCCACUGGGCGGAGCCGCAGGCGGCAGCAAAAUGGCACGGUUACUGAGGGUCAUGCGCUGGCCUGUUGCACUCAUCGUCGUAUGCGUCGCUCUGGCCAUCUUCGUGUACUUCCUUAUGCCUGACAACUUCCAGACGGGACCGGAGAUGAUAAACGCGACAUACUGGGAAUCGAACGUGGCGGUGGCCGACACUCACCGCGUCCACGACCACACAUACAAGCCAACGGAGUCCACGAAACUAAACAUUAAAGUGCCUGCUGACACGAGAACGCCGGAAAUAGAUUUUUACGAUGCAGACCACCAAAAAAAUGAAGAAUUGCAGGCUGUGAUCACUACAAUAACUGACAUGAUGAAAACGCCAGUUCCCCCAGUGUUCCCAACUCAUGUGGCACCAGAGGUACAAUAUGGAAACGAAAAUGCUGACACCGAUAAUCUGAGGUCACCGAAAGUAUUACACAAGAAAAAACAACUGCCCGCCGACUCCACGCUCAAACCUCACAUCACACAAAAACCAGAGAAACCUUUAGCUAUUUACUUCAAAGACGGGGAAGGUGUUACCACAACCACAACAACCACAACUAGCACCGAGGAUGCCAGAGAAGCGCUGGUCAACGAUUUGUACACUAUCCAAAAUGACAAAGUUACUCCAGAAAACGUAAAUGAUAUCGCGUACAAACCUUAUCUCGGUUUGUUACCUUGGCCCGUUAAGGCUGCCAACCUGGGACCCGUCCUGCCUCCUGAAAUGCAAGAAUUUUAUAUCCAAGGUCCGGCAAAAACAAACUUCACCUCAGGUCAUUCGAAACUCUUUGGAAUCGGGAUUGAAGAUGCUGAAAAAAUGCAAUCUACUACGCAGAGCUCUGUUUAUAACACAAGGGUGUCGCCGACGCUGCCGACGUGGCGUGAUAAAGUUGACACGACCACUAGGAACUACCCAGUAAAUGCUAAUCCUGAUGUAUCCCAGUGUCGGUCGACGAGCCAGCCGCUGUGCCGCGGCGUGUUGCCGUACGACCUGGCCAGCAAGCCGGCCAGCUUCGGCGGCGUGUCGGUGGCCACGCUGCUGCCGCAGAUCCUGUUCGUGGCCGCCACCAACUGCAGCGUGCGCUUCAAGUCCUUCGCCUGCGCGCUGCUGGAGCCCGAGUGCAGCCCAGCGCCGUAUGCCCCAAAAUGCCUUGCUAUAAUUUGUGCAAAGCUGUAUUGGACGGCUGUGAAAGCGAUCUCCCCCACGAGCUGCGCCCCAUGCUGAACUGCAAGCAGUACGCGAGCAGCAACUGCGUGGCGGCGCGCGCGCCGUGCGAGCGCCAGGAGAUGGCGUGCGCCGACGGUACCUGCAUACCCAGGGACUGGAUCUGUGACGGCGCUCAUGACUGCCCCGCCGGCGAGGAU